AUGGCGUUUAAAGAUGUACGAGAUCUCGCUGAGCAACUGAAGCUACUUGGAUACCCAAAUAACAUUCCCAUAUCCGUUCUCAAUACACCGUACGGUGGGCCUGAAAGUUUCAAAGCAUACUCGGACAUUCUGCAAUGGCUCAUAAACCGGCUAGAGCCAAAUUUGGUGCUUAGUGGCGGUACGAGGUCAGAACAGGAACGUAUUCUGCUGGUGCGCUCGGCAACCGAGUUUUUGGUGACGAAAUCCAGCAUUAAAAUAAACCCGCGAAAACUGUACGCUAGCUCCGUAGCAACCGCAAAGGAGCUACUUAAAGUUACGUCACUACUCAUUUCGUCACCCAAAGUGACCGGUCACGAAGAGGAGCUGAUUAAGUCGCAUGUUGAAAUUGAUCUAUCAGACAAAAUAGACGAUCUGAAAAAAGUGCGCGGUCUUUCGUCGGAGCUAACAAAUAGAGGCGCCGCGUUGUAUGAUUUGCUUAAAAAGGAACUGAUAAACAGGGAAAUUCGCAACGCUCAGUCUACGCGAUCGCUGGAACUGGUUACGACCGAAAAAGUCAUCAAGAAUGCUAUUGCUUCGCUGCAAUCCAAACUGAGCAGUUCCAAAUCAACGCUGGAGACGUUGAAAGGCGAAAACACAAAUUUGGCAUCCAAAAUAUCGCGUAAAACGUCCGAGCUCGAGCGAUCCCGGCAACGUCUUCAGGCACUUCAAAAAGUGCGACCAGCUUAUUUGGAGGAGUUUGAAAAAUUGGAAUUUGAGCUGAAAGGUAUGUACGAACAGUACAUAGUUCGCAUCCGUUGUGUCGAUGCUCUCCGAGCUCAGCUUGUUAGCAAAAACCGCACACCAACGCCAACUUCUCCGGUGGCUAGAAUAACCGACAGCAGCAUGACCAUUCUACCCGAAGGACUGAUAGAGUCAGAUGAUGAAAACGAAGAGGAGGAUGAUUUCGACGAGCGUGAUGAUGUGAAGUUGAAAACAGACCGUCGUAUCUUAAGAAGUGAGCUAUUAAAUCGCGAUCGUGGCUCUACUAGGUUCAGAUCUCGAAACGAUGGUGUGUCACCUAAUGGUAAAGAUCGCUCUAAAAUGAUCGGUAGCAUCGAGGAUGAGCUUGGCCCAUUGGAUAGCUCAAUGAGCUCAGAGGAAUCCGAAAGUGAUUUAGAAAUGGGAGGAAACAGAUUGAUAGAUGGCAGUUUGCGUACGGACGACGACGAGGAUGAAAGUCUUACUAAAAUGCCAAGAGAAAGCUCGACCAUCAAUAGAGCAGUGAAAGCGGACCUUAGCGACGAAGACUUUUAGAUUGAUACUUUCUUCUUCGAAGACUUUUUUCUUCAGAAAUUGCUCAACAACCGUUUGGCGAU